AUGACAACUGAAUCGGAGCCCAAAGUGAACCCUAAGGCGUACCCUUUUGCGGGAGCUAACUUAACCAGUCAUAUUCUGGACUUAUGCCAACAGGCUUCGAACUACAAGCAGUUGAGAAAGGGGGCUAAUGAGGCCACAAAAACUCUCAACAGGGGUCAAUCCGAAUUGAUUGUCUUGGCUGCCGACGGGGAACCUUUAGAGAUCCUGCUGCAUCUCCCGCUGCUAUGCGAAGAUAAAAACGUCCCCUACGUUUUUGUCCGAAGCAAGCAGGCGUUGGGACGUGCAUGUAACCUGUCAAGAGGUGUGAUUGCGGCAAGUGUUACUUCAAAUGAAGGAUCCCAACUCGCGCCACAGAUCGAAAAAGUGCGCAAUGAGAUUGAGAAACUACUGAUCUGA